AUGUGGGCAUACAGGCUUGUGUGCCCCUCUUGUGGCCGCAGGCUAACCGGUGCUGGACUUUACAAGACCGUCCGGAGGGGCCUGGACAUGGCAGGGUGGUACUUCAUGGGGACGGAGUACCUGGAGUGCUACACCUGCCACAGGAAGUACGUGGCGUGUGCCCAGGACAUCAUGGAGCAGCUGGACCUGGCGCACCAGGAGGAGUUCCCUGCCAUCCUCACCUACCAGCUGGCCUGUCACAAGGCGGUGAUUGGGUUGCUACGGGAGCGCACACAGGGGAAUAGCCCAUCUCGCCUCCGUGCCUCUCUGGUGGAGCAGCACACCAGAGAGUGGAUGGUACGCUCGAUGGGCUAUUUGUCUGUGCUGAAAAAGCUCUGUGUGCCUCCACGGCCGCAGGUGUCCCUGCGGCUCACAGAAGGAUCUACGGUGCACUGGCUUCUUGCGGUCUACGCCAGGGACUGUCUCUCCCACUUGGAGGAGACGAAGGCCAGGGUCACGUCCAUCUUCGGGAGCUUCCUCAAGAUGGACUCGACCAAGAAGAUCACAAAGAAGCUUGCGGGUGCCGCCGCUGGUACAGCCGCCUGGGUGACCAAUGUGGGCAACGAGCACGGGCAGGUGCUCAUGUCCGUGCUCACGGACUCUGAGGGACACGGACUGUUGCCCAUGGCGGCUGGACUCAUGCGGCGUUACAGAGAGGAAAACACUCUUCCUCUUCAGCUCACACACAGACUGAGUCAGACCGUAACAACCUUCUCUCUCCGUUUUGUUUUCCGAUAGCCGCCAUGUUCGUGGAGUGGGAUCACAUGGUGGUGCGGCUGGACGUGUGGCACCUCAUGCGCCGCUUUGCAAGGGGUGUCACCACAGACAGCCACCCACUCUAAGGCCUGUUCAUGGCCCGGCUAUCCUUUGCCAUCUUUGUGUGGGACGACCACGACGUGGAGCAGCUGAC